AUGACCACCGUAGCUGUCGUGGUCGCCGCCGAUAGCAACCUCGGCUACCAAGUCCUCAAAAAACUCACAAAAACUUACAAAGGAAAAAUAUACUUCACCACGGAAGACGAAUCUAUCGGAUACAAUAUACUUCGCACCUUAGAGAAGAAUGCCACGAAUCUACACUACUAUCGCGUGGACAUCACUUACACGAAAAGCAUCAUCAACUUCAGACACUACAUACAAGAUCAAAAUGAAAGGAUAGACCUGAUAAUCAACAAUACGGACUACGUACAAACUGAGAAGAAGUUGUCUCAUGCUGAAAAAGUUAAAAGAACAUUAAGUGUGAAUUUUUACGGGUACAUCAACUUUGGGAAGCUGGUGUAUCCAUUGCUAGUUGAAAAUGCUAAAGUAGUGAACGUGUCGGGACCCGCCGGUCUGUUAGCAACGAUCGAAAAUGAAGCGAUUAGAAAAAGGAUUAGUGACCCAAACCUGACGGAAGACGAGCUAGUAGCUGUUAUUCAAGACUACGAAGAGGCAUGUAGAAGAGGUAUAGAGAAAACUGAAGGCUGGGGUUUAAGUGUGCAAGCUGUGAGCAAAGUGGCUCUAAACGCUGUCACCUUUUUACAACAUAGAGAAUGGAGUAGCAAAGGAAUUGUAAUUAACUGUGUCAACCCUGGCAGCCUCAAUACUAAAGACGAACGAAAAUCAACCAAAGUAUUCCAAGACGGCGCCAAGGCAAUUUUAUAUCUAGCACUUGAAGCACCUCUAUCAAUAAAAGGCAAUUUUGUGUGGAGCAAUUACUCAGUUAUAGAAUGGAACUGCGACCCUUACGUUGAAGUGACAACAGUGUGA